AUGCACGACUAUGAGUACACCCCUCCCGAUCCCUCCCCCCCCCCUCUGUUCAAUGGGCGUCAUCCCCCGAAGCUUUUGCCAGCGACAAACUGCAGCUCCUCCUCUCUAAUUCCCACGGACGAGGAGUCUCAACAAGAGAACGGAAAGGUUUUCUCUUGUUCGUGCGGUGGCGGCGGCGACGCCUUCACUGAUGCCCUGUGCGGGUUGCAACCGGAGACGUGGGUGGAGUUCACCAUCAAGGGUUCCGGGACGGCCGAGUCUCUCGCCUUGAUGACCUUCACAGAGUUUGCCGGCACGGAGACGAUGAUCCGGGAAGCCUGGCCCGGAGAGCAUGACUUCUACUAUCCGGUUAUCUACGAAGGGGCGGCUACCGACUGUACGGUUACUCGCGGGCUGUGUCUUCCUGUGGAGGACACCGAUAUCGGCGAGCAGGAGUGCAUUCGGUACGACUGCGGAGACACGCAAGGCAGUUGCCCCCCCGAGGGGUAUCCGGUCUGCGACGGCUUCCCGGAGUGCGUCAGCGAUUCCGGAGAUGAGUAUCAGGUUCACACGUGCACCGGAGCUCCGGCCAGCGACAAGGCGUUGACCAUCGCUUGCCAAGACCAGCAGGUUAAUGGGACCUAUAUCUGCUGGUACCAGCAGCCCGGAGAGUUCGCGCCGCUCUCGAUGACCUGCUCCGUUGGGUCCUGCCUCUACGAGGGAAGCGAGGUGUUGGCGAUCGAGGCCACGGUGGUGGAAGAAGCGCCCCUGGACACGUCGGAGCAGUCGUUCAUCCUCAUCGCCGGAGCGCUGCUGCUCCUGCUCCUGUUCUGCCUGUUCGCCCUCGCCACGGACUGGGGCUCCGCACGGAAGGACUCGAAGAGCUGCUUCUUUUCCAAGUCCAGGAACGUCGGGGGGUGGGAGGGGGGAUCGGCGAUGGGAGGAGACGGUGCUAGCACCAGCGCGGCCUUUGGCGGCGAGGAGAAGGCUGCCGUCGGUGGUGAUGAUGGCGCGGCGGUGGCGGGGGCGGGGGCAGCGGUGGCUGGAGUCGGGGUGCCGCCGGCCGCCCCAACUCCGGCGCCGUCGCCGGCCGUGCUGGAGUGGAAGAACCUGAGCUACUCGGUGGCGGUCAAGACGCGCGGCAGCGGCAGCGACAGCGGAGGAGGAGGCGUUUUCGCCGCUCUUGCCAGCGGGUGCCGUUACCCCGAGCUGCCGGUGUUGUCCCGGGUGUCCGGAUUUGCCGGGCCGAUUGCCGCGGCUGGGACGUAUCCGGGCGGCGACGGCGCCGCCCCUUCCGUUGUCAGCGGUGGGAGGCCGCUAUCGAUGUCUUCGAACUUGUCGGGCGCUUUCUUGGACGGAAGGGCCGGGUUCCCCGCCCGUUCGACCUCUGCGACCUCGACGGACGUUGCCGCCUCCGAUACCGGAGCAGCAGCGGCGGCGGCGACAGCGUUCUCCGGCAACCAGCCGGCAGGCUGCUGGGCAACAACAACAACAACAGCACUGCCGAGCACGCUCACCGGUAUCCUGGGGCCCUCGGGCGCAGGGAAGUCUUCCCUGUUGGACAUCCUCGCCGGACGCAAGCGUUCCGGCGAGGGCCGCGCGUCGGGCCAAGUUUUCGUGAGCCUGGACGGCCGGGGGGGGCGAGGGGGCCCCGCAGAAAUCAGACGGGUGGCCGGGUACGUACCCCAGGAGGACGUCCUCCCGGGGACCCUGACCUGCUACGAGCACCUCAUGUUCCACGCUAGGUUGAGGAUGCCAAGGAAGGCCACCCAUGGGGAGCGGCGGGAGCGGGCGCUGGCGGUGCUGGGGGAGCUGGGGCUUAGCCGCGUCGCGGACUCGCGCGUCGGGGACGCCCGGAAGAGGGGGCUGUCUGGAGGGGAGAAGCGGAGGCUGUCGAUCGCGGCGGAGCUGAUGGCAGGACCGCCGCUGCUGUUCCUCGACGAGCCCACGACGGGGUUGGAUGCCGCCACUGCCCUUAGGGUGAUGGUACUCCUUAAGGGGGUCGCCUCCCGGGGCACUACAGUAUUGUGCAGCCUCCACCAGCCGCGUCCCCGUGUGCUCAACCUCCUGGACAACGUCAUGCUCCUGUCCCGCGGCAAGGUGGCCUACUUCGGCAGCCCGCAGGGGUCCGAGUCCUACUUCUCGUCGGUGGGGCGGCCGUUCCCCGCGGAGCAGCCCCACCCGGCCGACGCCAUGCUCACGCUCUGCUGCAGGGAGGACGGCGGGGCUCUCCCGGCCCUGUUCGAGCGGUGCGCCUUCGUGGAGAACGGUGUCUACUGCGUGCCGUCGGCGGCGACCGCAGCGUUCCUUAGGGCCGGCGACGGUGGUGGUGGUGGUACAGAGGAGCCCGGGAGCGGGAUGUCCUCCAGCCGGCAGUCUUUACGUCGGGACGGUAGCCAGCACAGAGACAUGGAGGCGCAGAGCGUGGCCGGAGUGGGGGGGCACCAGGACGAUGAGGAAGAGGAAGAGGAGGCACCGUGGCUGGAUUGCUGCUCGGAGGGUAAGGACAGGCGGCGGCGCUCCCUCACCGCGGGCUUCCUGGUCCAGACGGAGGCGCUGUGCAGGAGGCUCUUGCUGCGCGCGGUGAGGCACCCGCUGUUGCUGCUGCUCCACUUCGGCGGGGCCGUGGCCAUGGCGGUGUGCCUCGGCACCAUCUUCCAGGGGAAGUUGGGGUUCACGCUGGACGGGGCGCAGAGCAGGUUCGGAGUCCUGUUCUUCCUGCUCCUGUACCUCUCCCUUCUUUCGCUCACGUCGCUGCCGGUGUGGCGGGAAGACCGAAGACUCUUCCUCUCCGAGUCCAUGGGGGGAGCGUACGGCCACCUCCCCUAUUUCCUGUCCGUAGCCCUGGCCGAUGUCCUGCUGGUGCGGGUGGUCCCGCCGCUGGCGUUCGCGGUGCUGGCGUACCCGCUCAUGGGCCUCAACGACUACGGAGACGGGAAGUGGACUCUCUUUUGGUUCUCCGUUAUUUUGGUGCUAGCUAACGUGGCCGUGGCCCUGGCGGCGAUGGGCAUCGGAGCCCUUGGCCUGCCCCUCGACCUCUCCAACCUUUUGGGGGGAUCGAUGGUGCUGGUCUUUGCCUUGUUCAGCCGCUUCUUGAUCAACGGGAGCCGUAUUCCCGAUGGUUGGCAGUGGCUGAGUAAGGUGACCCCUCUCGGGCACGCGUACGAGUCGCUUCUGGUGAACGAGUUCAACGAUCCCUUUGGUGCAAGACCGUACACAAUUGUGGCCGAGAGAUGCUCCCCAGACCUGCCCGUAAUCAAGCCCCUGGGAUCGACCAUCCUCGAAACCUUCAACUUCGACCCGUCCCUCUCCAACAUGCGCGAGGGCGUGGCGGCGCUCUCGGUGAUUGCGCUGGCCUUUUGUCUGUUGAGCUUCUUGCUCUUCUUCAUCUUCACGAGGCGAGUUGUGACGAGCCCCCUGCGCCUGCGCAAGUCGGACGGCGGCAGGCGGCGGAGCUCCUCCCGCCCGCUCUCGGCCACCUUCGGAGGAACCCCCGCCUACGGCGACGCUAACACCAUCAGCAACUCCUCCUCCAACCUCCUGGACGCCCCCGUGAUGGUGACGGCAGCAGCCGCCGCAGGCGCCGCUGGCGCAAAGUCCACCGGACCGAAUGCGAACGGUGUGGCGGCGGGGUCUUCCGCUGUGUCGUCGUCGCAGGGCGCAGCGGCGAAUCACGGCGUUCCUCCUAGCGGUGGCGGUGACAACGGUGCGGCAUCGCUAUCCGCAGGGGGCGGAGACCGUCGUAGCAACGGCGGCGACAUCGUCCAGCCGAUCCUGCUGUCGUGGGAAGACAUCGGUGUCCCCCUACCCGGAGGCGGUAAGGGCGGGGCCCCCGCUGCCGCCGCCAUCUUGAACGGGGUCUCGGGGUUCGCUGGGCCCGGCACCGCAGGUAGCAGCGGGAACGGUUCCCCCUUCGCCUCCGCUCCGGUAUGGUCCGGCAGCGUCACCGCCAUCAUGGGCCCCUCCGGCGCGGGGAAGACGACUCUCCUGAACGUUUUGGCCGGGCGGAUGCGUCGCCUCGGGAAUAAGAACAACGGCGGCCGUGUCACGGGAGCCGUCCGGAUCAACGGCAGGGCGGUGACGGCCGCGGAGGUCCGCGGCGUCUCCGGGUACGUUACCCAGGAGGACGUGCUUCCCGAGACGCUGACCUGCUUCGAGCACCUCAUGUUCCACGCCGAGCUGAGGAUGUCGACGCCGGAGGCGGUGACGAGGGGUUGCGGCUGCGGGCGGGGGACUGGGCGGCGACGUCGUCGGGCCUCGCGGGAGGAUAGGAAGCAUCGAGUGCUGCAGGUGCUCCGAGAGUUACGGCUAGAGGACGUUCGUGACUCUCGCAUCGGAGGCGGGCUGUCGCGGGGUAUCUCCGGGGGAGAGAAGCGGCGCCUUUCGAUAGCCACUGAGCUCCUGACCUGCCCGGGCCUUCUGUUCCUCGACGAGCCCACCACGGGACUAGAUGCCUCCACGGCGCUGACGACGAUGCAGCUCCUCUCCGACCUGGCCUCCUCCCAGGGCAUGACCGUGCUCUGCAGCCUUCACCAGCCCCGACCCCAGGUCUAUGACUCCCUCGACCGCGUUCUCCUCGUCUCGCGAGGCUCCGUUUCCUUCUUCGGACCCCCGGCUACGACGCAGGCCUACUUCGCAUCCCUGGGGCGCCCGCUAUGGGGGGGGGGG